AUGGAGCUUUCAGAAAUUUCAUACAUCAGGUUUGAUCUCUUUCCCAGCGUGCAGUCUUCUUUGACAGAGUGGGCCUUCUACAUCUCGGAAAAGAUGUAUCAUAGAAUUCGUCACUCAGAGUGCAUUUACCGAGUAACUAUGGAAAAGCUGUCCUAUCACAGCAUUUGUACUGCAGAAGAGUGGCAAGGCCUCAUGCGUUUCACUCUCCCUGUUCGUCUCUGCAAAGAAAUUGAAUUAUUCCACUUCGACAUUGGUCCUUUCGAAAACAUGUGGCCUGGGAUUUUUGUCCAUAUGGUUCAUCAGUCCUGUGGGACAUCCUGCUUUGAGCUUGAAAAGUUGUGUCGUUUCAUUAUGUCUGUGAAGAAGAACUAUCGGCGGGUUCCUUAUCACAACUGGAAGCAUGCGGUCACCGUGGCACACUGCAUGUAUGCCAUACUGCAGAACAAUCAGAUGCUUUUCACAGACCUGGAGCGCAAAGGGCUGCUGAUCGCGUGUCUGUGUCAUGACCUGGACCACAGGGGCUUCAGUAACAGCUAUCUGCAGAAAUUUGACCACCCUCUAGCAGCUCUCUAUUCCACCUCCACCAUGGAGCAGCACCACUUCUCCCAGACGGUGUCCAUCCUCCAGUUGGAAGGGCACAAUAUCUUCUCCACCCUGAGCUCCAGUGAAUAUGAACAGGUGCUUGAGAUCAUCCGCAAAGCCAUCAUUGCUACAGAUCUUGCUUUAUACUUUGGAAACAGGAAACAGUUGGAAGAGAUGUACCAGACUGGAUCGCUAAACCUUAAUAAUCAAUCACAUAGAGACCGUGUAAUUGGUUUGAUGAUGACUGCCUGUGAUCUUUGUUCUGUGACAAAACUGUGGCCAGUUACAAAAUUGACAGCAAAUGAUAUAUAUGCAGAAUUCUGGGCAGAGGGUGAUGAAAUGAAGAAAUUGGGAAUACAGCCUAUUCCUAUGAUGGACAGAGACAAGAAGAAUGAAGUCCCACAAGGCCAGCUCGGAUUCUACAAUGCGGUAGCCAUUCCCUGCUAUACCACCCUGACCCAGAUCCUCCCUCCCACCAAGCCUCUCCUUAAAGCAUGCAGGGAUAAUCUUAGUCAGUGGGAGAAGGUGAUUCGCGGGGAGGAGAGUGCGGUAUGGAUCUCGUCCCCAUCCGCGGCCCAAGGGACCUCUGAGAAGCUGCCUGUUAAGAUCGAUCAUUGACCGGCGCAGACAUGCCGUCCAGCCUCAAGAUUCCCAUCUUGCUUCUUUGACUUUUUUUCCUUUUAUUUUUGUGGGGGGGAAAACCUUCACCUGGUAACUGGGGUGCAGACCUCUCCAAGAAGGUACAUCAAGUAAAUAUGUGAAGUCCCGCUGGUCUCAUGUGUAGUGUGUCCCAGACAGUAAACAACAGGACCCCCAUGUGCAGAAGCCAGCUGGCCAGGUGAUUCCAUUUGACUUGCAAACUGGCCUUUCCUGACAGGCUGGUUUGCUGAGGCCUUCUGGAAAUGGACAGAAAUUACUGAGAAGGGUACUUUCCGUUAUGUCUUUCUAGUGAGGGUUGAAAUGGUACUAUGGUGGUAUUGUACUUUGGAUUAACACAGUGUUGCUUUGAUGUUGUUGGCUAUAAAUAGGAAUUUUACACAUUA